CGCAGAGAGAGAGAGAGAGAGAGCGCGAGCGAGCCGAAAGAAGAUGGCGGCCGUGCCAAGCGGAGCUGCUGUUGCUGCGUCCGCCGCGGCCGCGAUUUCGCACUCGGCCCGACCGACCGCGGCCAUGGGAGCUCCAAACCGAGCACCACCCAGCUCUGGUAUCGAGCACCAGAACCGAGUCGGACAGACCGCGGCGUGUAUGGCUAACCCCGGGCACCCAGCGGUCGGCAGGCCGCCCCCAGCUCGAGUGGGCUACUACGAGUUGGAACGGACCAUUGGCAAGGGCAAUUUCGCCGUCGUUAAACUCGCCACACACGUUAUCACCAAAGCCAAGGUGGCGAUUAAAAUCGUGGACAAGACGCAGCUGGACGACGACAAUCUGAAGAAGAUCUUCAGGGAGGUGCAGAUCAUGAAGAUGCUGCGACAUCCACACAUCAUUCGCCUCUACCAGGUGAUGGAGACAGAGAGGAUGAUUUAUCUCGUCACGGAGUACGCCAGUGGUGGAGAGAUUUUCGAUCACCUGGUGGCUCACGGGCGCAUGGCGGAGAAAGACGCACGGCGAAAGUUUAAACAGAUCGUGGCAGCUGUCCACUUCUGUCACUGUAGAAACAUCGUCCACAGAGACCUGAAGGCCGAGAACCUGCUGCUGGACCACAACCUUAACAUCAAAAUCGCAGACUUUGGCUUCAGUAAUCUGUUCUCUCGGGGACAGUUGUUAAAGACGUGGUGUGGAAGUCCUCCGUAUGCUGCUCCAGAACUGUUCGAGGGCAAAGAAUACGACGGUCCCAAAGUGGACAUCUGGAGCUUAGGUGUGGUGUUGUACGUGCUUGUGUGUGGCGCGCUCCCGUUUGACGGCAGCACCCUGCAGAACCUGCGUGCUCGUGUUCUCAGCGGCAAGUUCCGCAUCCCGUUCUUCAUGUCCACAGACUGCGAGUAUCUAAUCAGGCAUAUGUUAGUAUUGGAGCCGAGCCGCAGACUCACCAUGGAGCAGAUCUGCAAGAACAAGUGGAUGAGACAGGGAGACCCAGAUCCUGACUUUGACCGGUUGAUAGCGGAGUGUGAGCAGGUGAAGACCGAGAGGGAGACGGAGCUGAUUAACGAGCAGGUUCUCAUGGCCAUGUCUGACAUGGGACUAGACCGAGAGCGCACUUUACAGUCACUGCACACAGACGCGUACGAUCACUACAGCGCCAUCUACAGUCUGCUAUUGGACAGGCUCAAGAGGCACAAAACCCUGCGUGUGGCUCCUCCCACCACCCCUCGGCCCAUAGGCUACCCCCUCAACGCUGUGCAGGAUCAAGCUAAUGCCGUUAGCAUGACCGUACCACACGUCCAGCUCAUAAAUCCCGAGAAUCAGAUUGUGGAGCCUGACGGGACGAUGGCGUUGGACAGUGAUGAAGGGGAGGAGCCGAGUCCAGAGGCAAUGGCACGCUAUCUGUCCAUGAGACGCCACACUGUUGGUGUACCCGACCCCAGGACUGACAUGAUGCAGGAGGAGCUGAAGUUACCACCAGGGUUUGUGCGCGCGCCACCUCAAGCGCCAUUCCCCCCACUGCCCCCCACCAUCACACACACGCCUACCUUCAUGCCCACCCAGAGCCUACAGCCCACACAGCAGCUUGAAUACAAGGAGCAGUCCCUCCUUCAGCCCCCGACUCUGCAGUUGCUGAAUGGGAUGGGUCCGCUUGGUCGCAGGGCCUCGGAUGGAGGAGCGAACAUUCAGCUUCACGCGCAGCAGAUGCUCAAGAGGCCGCGCGGCCAGUCACCGCUCGUCACCAGCCCUCAUCCGAUUCCAGCCGUCGCUCCUGUGGAUGAGGAGGGUUCAGACGGAGAGCCCGACCCAGAGGCAGUGCAGAGGUACUUGGCGAACAGCUCCAAGCGACACACAACGCACAACGCAGCGAGCUCAAGCUACACCUCCACUGAGCUCUCAAUCGACACUCAGAGAGCACGCACAAGGGGCUGGACCCCCGAGCACUCGCGGUCAUCCUAUAAAGACUGUAACACACUGCACUUACCAAUGGAGCGCUUCUCUCCUGUGCGACGCUUCUCUGAUGGAGCGGCGACGAUCCCGGCUUUUAAAGCUCAGCUAGAGAUCAAACAGCUCAAGCAGGAGUGUGAGCAGCUGCAGAAGAUGUAUGCUGCACCACAGGAUGAGAAACUUCUGGAGCACACACAGCAACAGCACGUCCUCUACCAGCAAGAACAACAGAUCCUACACCAGCAAAUACAGGCCCUUUCUUUGGGACAUGGAGAAAACCAGCCCAGUCAUCUUACCCACCAGCUACAAAGGUUGCGUAUUCAGCCCUCCAGCCCACCACCUACGCAUCCCAACAACCACCUCUUCAGUCCAGCCAAUCAGAGUCCACCACCAGGAAACCAAGGACUGAUGCCGGCACAUGGUGGGCCCUUCCAGCACACCCCUGAUUUGUACCAAUCCUCUGGCGGCAGCCCGCCUCCUUCUGCCCUGCCCUGCAUGGCACUAGCCAGUCAGCCACCACCGCCACAGCCCCCUGGCUCCGCCCACACAGCCGUCGCAUUAGCCCAGCAGCAGCAGCAGCAGCCGGUGACCAUCCAGGUGCAGGAGGUGGAGCUUGGGGGUGGAGCCCAUAGGCAGAGUUUCCUAACAACGCCAUGUCACCGAGUGCUGGGGAAGCAGCUGAGUGCGGACAACGCUGAAACACACAGCCGCAGUCUGGGCCGUUUCCACUGCUCAACAUCAGCAUACGAACAUGCCCAGUUCAGCGCCCAUGUAGGCGCAGGCACCUACAACCCCUACACCCAGGCGGCGUCUCUCAAAGUGCCCGGCCUGGACGGUUACCCCGGUUACGGCAGCCCGUCAGCCUUGCAGCAGGCGCUGCUGUCUCCGACGCCUUUAGAGUACCGCGUGGCGCAGCAGCAGCAGCACCAACACCACGUCACACCCGUACUGCAGGGCCUGCUCUCACCACGGCACUCCCUCACGGGCCACGCUGACCCACGCCUGACACCGCAUGACCUCGCGAACCUUCUCAAACGCUCGCGGCCUGCUGUGCCCGCCAUGCCCACCAACAACAACAAUAAUCCUCCACCACCUCCACCACCAGAAUACACUGACAAUCUGCUGCUCAAUCAGGACUAUAGCGACAAUCUGCUGAUGCUGGAGCCGACCCAACCUCCACCCGCGCCACAGGCUCCACCCCCAACACACUACCAUCACCACCACCUGCUGCAGAUUCGGACUCCGCCCUCAGAGUGCCACGCUUCACCUCUUGCUCACUCAGAAAGCAUGGAGGAGGAUGACGUCACUGCUGCCUAUCAUGAAGGCCUGCUGGCCAAGGUCACCACGACGACAGCGCCAAGAGUGGUGAUGGAGGCCGACCCUCGUCCUGUUCAGGGAGAUGCGUAUCGGCCCCGGGCCUCGCUGCAGCGCCAUCACACCAUCCAGACUGCCGAUGAUGCCUAUGUUUGCCGUCCAAACGAGAUCACAUGGGAUUACCUUUCACAGGAUCAGGCAGAAAUGUCUGGCAUGAGCCUAUUGGCGGGGAAGGCGCUAAGCUCCGCCCGCAUGUCUGACAUCCUCAGCCAGACGUCACUGGCAGGAAGCCAGCAGUUGCACCAGAGGGAGGAGUCAGUGUGUAACGUAGAGGACGAGCUGCACUCGGCUGCGUGUUACCCCUCCUCCUGCACCAGCGACAUGCUACUCACCUACAAACCCCAAGAUCUUCAGUACAGCAUGGAGCAGGCCGGCGUCUAACACACUGGUGUGUGUGCAGUAUGUAUAAAGCUCCAUAUCCAUCUCCUGUGUUCAGCUGCGUCAUGCCAAACCUCCAUCGCGUGUGUCUGCGCGCGUGCGUGUGUGUAUGCGCAUGUGUGUGUGUGUGUGCGUGUGUGUGCAUGUGCGCACCCUCCAAGAAGAGGCUCGCUCAUCGUCUCGCUCUUCCUACCGAUUGGACGAACCGGGUGACUCCCUCCGACUCCGCCCCCAAACCGUCCAUCUGCUCCUUCGGGCCCGCCCCGUCUGUCUUGUUGACGUCGCCAUUGCGAGGCAUCUGCACACAGUCUUACGUAGACACAUCUGUAUAAAUAUAAACACACAUUCUCUCACACACACACAAACACAGAUCACACGCAAAGCCACAAACCCAAAGUAUUUCAUAAAACAGCCUGUCCUUUUGUGGGUUUUUUUUUUUUUUCUUCCUUUCUUUGGGAAGCGGGGUGGUGUCAGCGCUUUGUAACCCCGCCCCCCCCAUCCGCAGCGCUACAAUGGAUCAUUCCGGAGCAGCUCUGAUAGCAGCCCAGCGCGAAGCGGUCUACUCUGAUACGCUGGCGGGGGUGGACGGGCCCGGAGACCUUCGCCAUGGCACAGGACGUCCAGCUCUCAUUCGUUUCGUCUCCUUCUCUCUCUGUCUGUCUGUCUUUUUUUUUUUUUUUUUUUUAAAUGCAUUUUUACUGCUAAUGUUCACGUAGGAAUAUGAUCAUUAUUAAUUAUUAUUAUUAUUGUUCUUGUUUUCUGUAAAAGAAGUUUUAUGGUUAUAAUAUUAUAAUGACAAUUAUUAAUAUUAUUAAAAGAGAGAAAAAAAUCGGUGUUGCAAACAAACAAACAAAAAAAAAAAAACACGAUCCUGCACUUUCAGUUUAAAGCGAGCUUUAUUUUCUUAACCGCUCCCUCUUUCUUUUCACUCCCUCCCUAAUUCCAUUCAUUCCACACCUUUCUCUCCAUCUCUUUUCUUGCUCGUGGCAGCGCAGUGCAUCGCCGUUUCCUCUUCCUGUACAGUGACGCCAUGUAUAGCUCGCCAACGUUUCUGUCAGCUUUCUGUGUUUCUGUACGUGCGUGUUUUUAUAUAUUUCUUUAUUUCUUCGUCCCUUUUUUCUCCAAGAGAUGUUCGUUUGUCCCACAGGCCGAGGAGAGUGUAAUUAUUUUUAUUUUUAUGUUUUAAUUUUUGCUGCCUUUUAUUGUUUUUGCUGUGCUGCGCUGUCACGCCCAUCAUUUUGUGUGUGUGUUUGAGAGAUGCUCGUUCAUACAUAUCAUAAAAUGCUCGCAUUUGCAGUCUGGUCCUUCCCUUUGUACGUCUGACACACACACACACACACACACACGCGUGCGCGCACACAUAUAUGAGUGGAGGUUUGUAUCCAGAUCUCUAGACUCUUGAAUUUAACCCUUGGCACUAACAAUACUUGUCCAACAAUACAGUCUGCUAAAUCUGAUGUGUUCCAAAUGUCAAGCAGAAUAUUUCAAGUGCACUAGGUUUGGAGUGCGCACUGUCAGGGGUAAGACCAUUAGUGAAUGAAGUUGACUGAACUUUUAGAGUUCACCUGUUUAAGCUUCCUCGCAGCGUUUCAUGUGACCGAUGUGUAAAGUGAGCAGGGCCGAGGUGAGAUUUGGGACACGACCAUUGGUUAACAUUCAUGAGUUUGUAAUUUUAAUGCGAUUCGCUGAGAAUUCAGCACUCGGCAGAUAAAAGGAAAAAGUGCAAGACUACAGAGGUUUGGGAUGUGACCAUUCAUACAUUUACUGUGUGUGUGUGUGUGUGUGUGUGUGUGUGUGUGGUGGUUUGCUCCCUGUGCCUUGUGUCCAUGCCCCAGAUACAUGCUGGGUCACUGUUGAUAAAGGCAGCAUCGUCCUCGUCGUCUCUUCUCUCUCCCGUUCCUUCUCUUCCUCCCAGUCAUUUCAUUUUGUUCAUUUUUGUUUUCUUAGUUGUAUUUUUUUGUCAUUGUUUUUUUUUUUUUUUUGUUUUGAGUACAAAAAAUACUAAAGUGCAACAACAAAUGACUAAAAAAAAUUCCAACAAACUGAGAGAAUAAUAAAUAUAUAUAAAUAAAGAAAUGAAUAAAAACCUGAA